AUAUUAGAUGAAUCUCCAAAUUUAAUUAAAUAUGAAAUUAGAAGAAUUUUACAAAGUCGAAUAUUUUUCCAAAAAUCAAUUGGUAUUGAAGAAGAAAAUUUACUAUUUAUUUUUGAAACAGCUAUUGAAUUUUGGAAAAAAUUAGGUGGUGGAAAAGCUUCAACUGAAAUUUUAAUCGCACAAAUGCAAUCAUAUAUGCUAUUUCAAAAACUAUGGAAUACAAAAUUUGUAGAAACAGUUCAUACAGUUAAAACUUGGUGGAAUUGUGCUAUG